UUUUCAACUGGCGCCUAUGUCUGAGCAUCUUCGUGUUCCAGUCUUGUUUUGUGCUGGUCCAUCCAGAAUGUUCAAAAAGAGCAGCCAAUCACGACCGUCGAAUCUCCGACGACGAGAUGGCGAUGAAGACGAACCAGCUACGGCGGUCCCAUCCACCGCAGCUGCUGCAGCAGAACGACGCGUGCGCAGCCAAGUCGACGACGGCGCGAACGACAGCGACGAGGAUCCAUCCAAGCUCAAAACGGCAACGAAACAACCAGCCGCGGACGACGCGGACGACUCGGACGAUGAUGCAUCCUCAGACGACGAUGGCGAGGACGGCGAUGACAGGAAGGCUGGCCAUGUCGCGAAACGCGCGCGGCUGGUCACGACGGGCCUCGACGCAGGCACGUCGUCGACGUUGAGCGCAGCGUCAUCGAGCGACGGGAGCAAGCUGGCGACGCCGUUCGAGGCAGGCAGACAGAGCCUCGAGCAAAGGAAUGGUGGUCCUCGGAUGUACAACGAAGCGGAUCCAGUGCUGCGGAAGGGCGAAGCGACGUCCACGGGGCUGCGAGGGUUUCGCGCGGCGCCAAUGAAGGCGGCCGCCAACAUUCGCACAACCGUCCGGUUUGACUACCAGAUGGACGUGUGCAAGGACUACAAGGAGACUGGAUUCUGCGGCUUUGGUGAUACGUGCAAGUUUAUGCACGAUCGUGGCGACUACAAGACGGGCUGGCAGCUGGACAAGGAAUGGGACGAGCACAAGAAGGCUGCAGACAGCAAGCCAAAGACGGGUGCAAAAGAGGUGUUUACACGCGAUGAUGACUUGCCGUUUGCUUGCCACAUUUGCCGAGGAGAUUUUGUCAAUCCCGUGGUGACGCGGUGUAAACACUACUUUUGCGAAAAGUGCGCGCUUGAGCACGCGAAAAAGUCGAGCCUAUGCGCAGUCUGCCAAAGCGCCACCAACGGCAUGUUCAACCGCGCAAAAGACUUGGCAGACGCUCUCAAACGACGGCAGAAGCGACAAGAUGAUUCAUCGCAAAAAGAGCACGAACAAGCCAUGCGCCGCUCGGCGGGAAACGGAAUCGCCAACGACGACGAGGAUGAAAUUGAAUUUUGAGAUGUGGUUUUUUUGGUCAAUGUUAUCUUUUUCUUUCCAUUCAUAACAACACGAUAAUCAACACGU